CAGGCAUAUUUAAUGAUAAAAACGACUUUGCUGAAGUACUCGUAUCUCACUGUACGUCCAGGAUUCUAGUUGCACAUAUCGAAUUUAGGAAAAGUCAACAUGUGCGAGGAAGAAAACAACAAGUUUUGCGGAUACCUUCAACACAAAGGAAAAAAGCGUCUUAUUUCCAUGUGGCGUCGGUGGUACUGCGUCCUAAAUGGACGCCUACUUUUAUUUUACCGGUCCGAAUCUGAUUACUUAAAAUUGGGCAAAUUCCACGAGCGUCUCGAUUUAGGACUCGUCUACGACGUUUUACCAGCACUCGGCGUCGAGAAUGGAAUUCAAAUCUCUACUCACACUGGACCUCACUGGCUGAGAACCACAGAUGAAAAAUCAUACGAACUUUGGUUAGAAGCGUUACAAGCGUCGAUCGUAUUGCGACGACAAGGAUCAACUUUAAGGAAAUCAAAAACGGGAUCUUCCGGGCCUCUCGAAAAAGUUCAAUCUCCCGUUUCGAAUCGAAAUCGUAAAGCUAAAUCAACAAUGAGCGACGUUUUGCUUACGACAGAUGAGCGUGAAACGACAGAUAAGAAAAUUGGAAGCCCAUUUUCAAGGUUUUCGCUUGGCUUCAUACCCGGCCACGGGAAAAAAUACAGCACGUAUGACGGCAGUCGUUCAUUUUUCCGUGUCGAACAAUCACCGAAUGAAGAAUGGGACGUGAAAGAAAAAGUAGAAGAUGACAAGAAGAUCAGCGAAACCCCGAAACUUAGAAAGAAAAAUCGUAAAGCAGCCCGACCCCUCAGCGAGAGCGUUUCGAAUUUCUUGCUGUUAAACAGCCAGAGCUCUGAAAAUGUGGCGGAAACCAAGAUCAAACCAGUUAAAGCAGUUAACAAGAAGAAGAAUUUACCAUCCAUUCCGAAAUUACCCACCAGUUUUGGCGUUGGAAAGCUUUUAUCUCACUUGCAAACGCCUAGUUCGGCCAGUAGUUCUAGAAGACAUAGCAAAAGCAUGAACAGUCUUGUGGACGAUUGUCUUGCUGUUGAGUACAAACAACAGAAAUCUGUUUCCCAAUCAAAUGUCGAUGUUGACGAGAAAGCAACUUUCUUCUCUAAAAGUGAAGACAUUCUAUCAAAACGGGCUUCAGUUACAAUUAGGGUCGACUGUGAGGACAUCGUCGAUGUGGUCGAUAAAAAAGAUGUUGCUCCGGAUCAAACUGACUGCACGAAAGAACCAGAAGGAAACCAACCGGGGGACAAGGUUAUUGUAGCUUCAAGUGUACAACAAAGCUCAGCUUGUGCCGAUGACAACGAUGAUCUGGAAUCGCUAGAUGAUAAAAAGAAAGGCAGUAAAAAGAUGAAGGAGGCUACCCGUCGGAAAUCUGGUUUAGCAAUGCUGAAACAGUUCUUCCUCUCAGCCAAAAUCAGUAUGAAACGCAAAGGGGAAUCCGUCGACAAGGAUAAGCUCUGUGUUAACGAACGCAGUCGCAAAAGUAGCAACGAAAGUGCUGCGGCAUCAGAGAAAAGUUCGGCUAGAACGUCGCUUAUUCUCGAAUCAGAUCAGCAACAUCUCGCGGUACAGAACGAUGUGAUUGCUGAAGAACAGAAGCGACAAGAACAUCAGUCGAAAGAGGAGACGCAAAAAGAAGAGAAGUCGGUGGAACUUAUCGAACGUGAAGUGGCCGAAAGCCCCGUAAUUUCAGUCCUCAAACGAAACGAAUCUCGAAAAUCGGAAGGUGAAAAAUCUGUCCAGGAAGAAGCUUUCAUUUCCGAAAACGCAUAUACUUACGAAGCUAAAAUAAUUGAAAUUGUGGAACCCCAAUCGCCUGGACUGGUUCAUCCGGAAGACGUCGAUCAAACAGCAUCUGAUCCAUUCCAAGACAUCAUUACCCUUCCAAUCAAAUCCGCCAGGAACUCUUCCGAGUCAACACUUUCCCUUGAAAAGGUGAGACCCGCCAGGAAAUCCGUUAUCUCUUGUGAGUAUGUUACCAAAGAGGAUAUAGAGGUGGCGGAACUCAAACCGUUUUUACCUUUAAAAACUAAAGUGAAAUGUCCGUCGCCCGGGUACGACAUACCUCGCAACAGCCCCGUUUCCGUACCCUGCUUCAAAGAAAUCGAACCUGCAGUAAAUCCGGAGGACGUGAUUGAACUUUCUUGUGUUGUGGCUGAUCCCAACUCGACGACAGACAAUGAACUGGAGAAACCAGAACCUUCCAAGAGCUCCGACGAGUUGAAACCGGAUGUUCUAACUGGAGAUUGUAAUGUAUCGAAGACUGAACGUAACAGCGUCCGCAAGCUAUCUCCACUUAUUCAAAUUUUCGAUCACGGUUCAAAUCCGAAGGCACCGAACGCUACGUCAAUGAGGCAUUCCUUGAGUAAGACAAACGCUUUCGAAAAAAGAAUUAGUUUUGCUCAGGCGGAAACUGAAACGGUUCACGAAGAGAUGGUACAAAUUCUUGCAUCCGAUCCGCUUGAAUAACACACUUGUUCUACUAAACUGAUAUCUCCACGCCAUUUCUACUUGUUUUUUUGUUUGUUUGUUUUUUUCUAAUUUAUGCUCUCGUUUAAUUUCUAACAAAUAAACACAAUCAACAAAC